GUAUUCAUUCAGUGAAAGAGCUUGUUCCUGCAAAAAAAAAUCAGAAAAAGCUCUUAAGCUUGGCACCAGUUUUGAACGGGGUUGCACCACCCACUUUCAGCACCUGGUGCUCUGUAGACAGUUGCAUCUGUGGCAAUUCCUUCGCCCUCCACCCCUUCAUUGAGGGAAAGAGAGAGAGAGAGAGAUGUGACAACUGCCGCACGGGCUGCCUAAACGAGGCCUUCCACACCUGUCCCUCUCGAUCUGUAGGCAACAGUUGUCCAAGCGGACUCGCCGAGGGCGAUUUAUUUGCCACCAGCGUGCGGGAGGAAAACAUGACUUCUUUCCAAUUGGACUUUCUGCCUGAAAUAAUGGUUGAUACUUGUGGCCUGGCGUCCGAUAGGCUUAACGGUACGAAUAACAAGAUGAAUGGUGCAAUAGAUCACUCGGACCAGCCAGACCCAGAUGCCAUUAAGAUGUUUGUUGGCCAGAUCCCGCGAUCUUGGUCAGAAAAAGAGCUAAAGGAACUGUUUGAGCCGUACGGAACAGUCUACCAGAUCAACGUUCUCCGAGACCGCAGCCAGAACCCUCCACAGAGCAAAGGGUGUUGUUUUGUUACAUUUUACACAAGAAAAGCUGCACUUGAGGCUCAGAAUGCCCUGCACAAUAUCAAAACUUUACCUGCGAUGCAUCAUCCUAUUCAGAUGAAACCUGCUGACAGUGAAAAAUCAAAUGCUGUGGAAGACCGGAAGUUGUUCAUUGGGAUGGUUUCUAAAAAGUGCAACGAGAAUGACAUCAGGGUGAUGUUCUCAACGUUCGGGCAAAUAGAGGAAUGCAGAAUUCUUCGGGGACCUGACGGUUUGAGUCGAGGCUGUGCAUUUGUCACGUUUUCUACCAGGGCAAUGGCACAGAAUGCAAUCAAAGCCAUGCACCAGUCUCAGACUAUGGAGGGCUGCUCCUCACCUAUUGUGGUCAAGUUUGCCGACACUCAGAAGGACAAGGAGCAAAGACGUCUGCAGCAGCAGCUAGCCCAGCAGAUGCAGCAACUGAACACUGCUACCUGGGGAAACCUCACCGGCCUCGGUGCCCUGGGGCCACAGUACCUGGCUGUAAGUGGUCAAUGGGGAUCCAAGAACGGUGGCGAAAUUGGAACAAAAGAAGUUUUCGUACCCCAAAACAUGCAUACACUCUUGCAGCAAGCCACCUCGACAAGUAACCUGGGCGCCUUCAGUGGCAUUCAACAGAUGGCAGGAAUGAAUGCCUUGCAAUUGCAGAACUUAGCGACCCUGGCAGCAGCUGCCGCGGCAGCCCAGAACACGGCAACCACGAACGCCAACCCACUCUCUGCCGCCACUGGAGCACUCGGUGCGCUGACAAGCCCAGUGCAAUGGGGCAACAACAAUCAGCAGUCGAUGCCUGUAGCAGGAACAAAUAAUUCCGGCACUGGUGCUGCCAUGAAUUCCUUGACCUCCCUGGGAACGCUCCAGGGUCUGGCAGGAGCCACGGUUGGGUUAAAUAACAUUAAUGCGCUGGCAGGUAUGGCGGCGCUUAAUGGUGGACUCGGAGCGACUGGCUUGACAAACGGUUCGGCUGGCACCAUGGACGCCCUGACUCAGGCCUACUCAGGAAUCCAGCAGUACGCAGCGGCUGCACUGCCCACAUUGUACAGUCAGAGCCUGCUCCAGCAACAGAGUGCCGCGGGCAGCCAGAAGGAGGGCCCAGAAGGUGCAAAUCUGUUUAUUUACCAUCUUCCCCAAGAAUUUGGAGAUCAGGACAUCCUGCAGAUGUUUAUGCCAUUUGGAAACGUUGUGUCUGCUAAAGUCUUCAUUGAUAAACAGACCAAUCUUAGCAAGUGCUUUGGUUUCGUAAGUUAUGAUAACCCAGUUUCUGCACAGGCUGCCAUCCAAGCCAUGAAUGGUUUUCAGAUUGGAAUGAAGCGUUUGAAAGUUCAGCUGAAACGAUCCAAGAACGACAGCAAACCCUACUGAGUCUAGUGUGGGAGGUUAAUGCUGUUACUUUAGCUUUGUUAGGGUAAGUCCCAUGAACCAGCCCGUGGCUGAGGAGGAUCAUUGCCAACAUUCAUCAAGAGACAGUUUUUAACAUUACACUUCCAUUAUCCUUUACCCACCUGUUUUUCCUCCCAUUCCCGUUACGUUCAGUAUCUUAAAUCUUAUUGUAUUUACAGUAUUUAAUAUUUUGCUUUGUUCCGUUAAAAAAAAAAUGAAUUUUGCAAAAAAAAAAGAUGUCUUAAGAGGAUUUUGAAAAAAAUAACCGAAAUGUGCAAUUUAACUCAGCAGCCACUGGUGCCAAACAGGCCCACGUGAUUAUCGGGCAUCAGACGCUUUAUUAGCUUAAGGGACCCAGUUAAUGUAGAUUAGAAAGGCACCAGCAGUUUACGGGUUAAUGAUGUGGUGGCCUAGUCCGAAAGUGAUACCAAGUGAAGUACUAACAUUUUCUUUUAUUUUUUGGGGGGAAAAAAAUAUUUCUCACUCCAAUGAGAACUUAUCUGAUAGGACAUGAUCACAAGUUAGGUAUUAAGCUUUGUGUGAUCAGAUCACAUUGGUCUUUUAGUAAAACAAAAGCCUUUGAGAUCUGUUUCCACUGCCAUAUGGGGCUCUUUUUUUUCGGGAGGGGCAAAGGAUAAAAUGAAAGAGAAGAUUUAAAUGAUAACAUUUGCUGAUGGUUAAAUCAAAAAUGAUUAAAAAGGAAAGCCACAGGCCUGUACAUUUUAUUUGUAAAAAAAGCAGCUCUAUUUUUAUACAAAUUUUUACUGCCUCAGAAAGAUGGAAGUUAUUUAUUAAUUAUCUAUAGUUAAUUUAUUGGAUACCUGAGAUAGCUCAUCCUCUAUAAUAGUUAGAGCUUGCCUCGUGAAGUAGUCUCUGAUGUGCUAAGUGAGAACAAGUUUAUCCUUGCAGUUAAACACACACAAAACACAUCCUGCAACAAUCACGCUUCUCUCGUUUAUUUGUAUCUUUUAAGUGUGUGGUAUCUCAUUACUUGUAGCUUCCAUUAUGUAGUCGAGUUCAAGUCUUUUAUUUUAAACCUUGUGACUUUUAUUCUUCGUUUAUAUAUUUGUUUAAUUAAAAAUCUGUACUUCUGUCCCAAAACCAAUCCAUCUCUUUUAUCUCUUUUAAAGUGCGGAUGGAUUUUUUUGGGUGUUUUUUUUUAUCUGUUGCCGUUGCUUUUUUUUUACAGUGUUAUUAAAAAAAAUGCAAAUUUAUGUGAAUGGCUCAUAGAAUCUAAUGACUGAGAUUUGCAUUAUUUCUGCAACCAUGAGAAUGAUUUUGUUCCUGCUGCGUAGACUCUGUGUAACUUUUGACUCUUCCUUGUUUUUUUCCCCUAGACAUCUUCAUGCUCGUUAGUUCAUCGUUUGCCUAGCAUGUCCCUGUGGCGCCAAAAAAAUUCAAAAAAAAAGCUCAUCGUCCCGUCAUUGUUUCUGAUGUCUUUCUGACCUCACAUCACACUUGGUCCUCCUACUUGACCCCUUUGACCUAGUUUGACUUUGAGAUUUUUUGCAUGUGACCUCAUAUAGUUUUGAAUUCUAAAGAGUUCAAUGUGAAAAGCCUAGCUGCAUUUGUGUUGAGACUGAAAAAGAAAAAAAAUUAUUUUAAGAAAGUAAAGCAAGACAAAAAUAUAUAAGAGAGAGAGAAGGAAAUAAAAAAAAACCUGUGGCGAAAAUGUUUCUUUUUUUUCAUGAAACAAACUUGAAAGUAUUAUACAGGGAUUGGCAUUCUGUCUGGUCACUUGGAAUAGCGAUAGCAAUAUGUGGCCAGGGCACAGAAUGUUGGUUUCUCAAUGAAGCAGACUACUUCUGAUCAGCUGAAGAAACUGGUCAGAUAUUAUCAAGAGCUCUGUAAUAGUUUUUACAUUUUUCAGGCAGUGUAAAGUUUUGAUAAGGGCCAUUUAAGUGGCUCACUUUCUCAUCAAUAUAUAUAGAAAUGAAAAAAACCACUUUUUUUGUAGACUAGUUUAAGAUAAUUAAAAAAAAAGAUGACCCAUGUUUGGGGAAAGACUACCUAUUUGUGUCACCUUUUGCUGAACUGAUUCACACCUAGACAAUCUGUGGUAAAUGCACAUUAAAUAACCUAUAUUUUAUACUGUUUAAGUGUAUUGGGAGAAGAAAACAAAGCAGUAAGUGUUAACUUCGUCACGUUGGUAACUGUGUGGGUUAAGUUUUGGUGUCAUCGCGAUUUUUAAGGUUAUAUAAGUGUUUCGUAACGCAUCGGAAUUUUUUUUUUGGCUGACUCGCAAAAGAUUUUUUUUUCGGAUGGCCAAAAAAAAUCUUAACUCGUCAGGUGAAAAGGAAAAAAAACUUACAAUUCCAGGACAAAAAAAUUGUGUGCUUUGCGUGUGAAACAUUUUGACGUCUGAUUUUAUUUUUUUUUUCACUGUGGGAUUAACAGUUUGACGUACUUUGUUCAGCAAAAUGUGAGAUUGGCUUUUUUUUCUUUUGAAAAAGAAGAAAACAGCAAUUUAAACAGUGCCAAAUUCCAACAAAAAAAAUUGAAGGUACUUCCUGCCUCGCGCUUAAUUGUGUUAUUUGUGAGAAGUAAUUUGAUAACAUGGGGUAUUUUGUUACUUAAGUGUUUUGUAAUAAUUCUCUCAUGUUUGAAAAAAAUUAAAGGACAAAAAAAAAGAUUAAAACCAGAGAGAAAAAAAGUUUGUUAAAUUGUUAAAGCUGUGGUCUUGUUGCCUGAGAUUGUUCACUGUUUGUUAUUUCUCUUUGUAAAAGUGCCCAUAUUUCCCAACCUUGCCAUUCAUUGAGAUGCUGUGAAAGCAAACCUCAUAAAGCUUUUUUUCUUAUAGUUGUAAAAUUUAAAAAAAUAAAAUACUUAAAAAAAACACACACACAAAAAUAUUUAAAAACACCCCAAGGCAGGAAUGUUUAGAACUGGUUUGAAAUUUUUUUAAAAAUUAAUCAUUAUUAAGCAGCUUUAGCUGCCGAGUAUGACUUUCUAACCAUUGCAAAAGCAUUUGUCAUUCCUAUGUGCAUGCACUUGCUAUGUAAUAACGCGUUAACUGUUAACGGGCCAAUAUUUCUCUGCAGUAAAGGCUGGGAGCAGAUCAGAUCAGUUCGGCUUCCAUCGCCUUGGGGAUUGAUUUUCGGCCUGCUCUGUUCUGACUUCAUUUCCCCACACUAUCACCUUCACCACCACUCCACCCAGCACAUUGUAUCUGUUUUUUUUUAAAACUUAAAAGUAAAAAAAAGUAAAAAAAAAAGCUGUAGCUUCAUUGCGUUUUUUGGAAAAUGUCACACAAGACAAGUGUUUGUGCUCCUGUGAUGUGAGAUCUGGUGUUUGUAGACUAUUAUCAUUUAGGAUUAAGAAUUAAAGGAAAAAAAUUAUAUAGUUUUAAGUAUUUGUUUGAGAAAAGCCAAAGUUAAUGCAAAAUGAGUGGGGGAACCGCAAGCCCAUGUGAGUGUUGUAAUUCUUUUUGGUGCAUUUGAUCCUGUAUGUGUUGGAAGUUUUUUUUUGAGAAAAAAGUCAACACACCACACACACACUCAAAAAAAAAUAUAGUGGGCUUUCAUAUUUCUACAACUUGAUUGUAAUUAUGCAUUUUGUACCAGUGGAAUUUUUUAUACUGGAAAUUAAAAAGUGGAUAUUUCUGCGCCUUCUCUGUGUGGGCCCAGUCAUGAUUGAUUUUGAGUCUGAUUUCUGGUUGGUGCAGAGAAACUGGUGACUAUUUCAUUUUAAGAAUUUACAAAAAAAAAUCAAAAAAAUAACUUUGGCUUGCUUUCCUCAUUUCUUUGCAUAUGCUUAAAUGUCAAGAAUUUUUGUCAAACAAAAUGGGUAAGUUUCUCUUCAAUUAUGUAUUGUGCAGUUACAUAAGGUAUUAGGACUAGCAGUAUUCAACCACAUGCAGUGGGAUAACUGUAUUAGUUUAAAAAAAAAUUAGGGGUUUGCUUUUUGCUGUUGAAAUCCAAGUUUUUUCCUGAUUCUCUGUCUUCAUUGUGAACAUAACUGUGGAACAGUCGGACUUAUUUUUGUAACGUAUGUUAUUGUGUGAUGCAGUUUUGCUUCUG